CUCAACCGAGUGGUCCUGCUUGCUCCCUAUCCCUUGUCAAGUGCAACGUCGCCCAUGCUCUUUCGUUCAACUCUUGUCUCUUAUCGACUGUGUACAAGAACAAUCAAGCCAGCAUCCCUAUCGCGUUAUUCGCUAUCUACGGCCGCCAAAGCAACACAACCAUACACAAUGUCAAAGGACCUCGGCGUAACGGAUCCAAAGUCCGUCCCUAACCCCCUCGGCCAAGGCAACUACAUCAAGACUGCCGGGUGUCUUGUUAUCGGCGACGAAGUCCUCAAUGGCAAGACCAAGGACACUAACAGCCACUUCUUUGCUCAGUUCUGCUUCGACUUGGGUAUUGAGCUCAAGCGGAUAGAAGUCAUUGCCGAUGACGAGGAGGAGAUCGUCGAAGCCGCCCGGCGUAUGACCAAGAACUAUGACUUUGUCGUCACUACCGGAGGUAUUGGCCCUACUCACGAUGAUAUCACAUACGAGGCGCUGGGCAAGGCGUUCGACCUCCCUCUUACCCAUGACCAGGAGACCCUGGAUCGUAUGAGGGCCUGGAUACCCGAGAAGAGGCGUGCGGAGCUGGCUGCUGCUUCUCAAGCGGAGCGUACCGCUCGCGAGCGGAUGGCGCUGUUCCCUACUGCCAAGGGCGGCCACGGUGGUGAUGGGCAGGGUGGUGCCAGGAGCGAGGUGAUCCACGUCUCGCCUGAGAAGUGGGUUCCUGUUGUUCGUCUGGCCGGAAAGCUCUGCAUCUUCCCGGGCAUCCCCAGCCUCUUCCAGCAGCUCUUGCAGGACCUGGUGCCGUACCUCCCCCUGCCUCCGUCGUCAGCUAAGCCGUUCCGUCACCUGAUCUACACCGCCUGGCCCGAGUCGAAGAUCGCCCCAUACCUCACAGAGCUGCAGAACAGGGUCAGGAAGGAGGGCAUUCGCGUUGGAUCAUACCCAUACCUCUACCAGGGCGUCCAUGUCAGUCUCAUAGGCCACGACGUUGAGCGUGUCAAAGAGCUUGGUCGCGAGGUUGUCGAGAACCUGGAGGGCAAAGUGGUGUCGGAGGGUCAGCUUGGAGCCGAGCCCAUCAUGGCCAAGGCCAAGGCCUAGUCGUAUAUGCAUG